UCGGCGCGAGCUGCCGCGCGGUACUUAUUUGUCUCCUCCCGGAGCGCGAGGCCGAGCACCCCCCCCUGCUUCCCCGAGCGCGCCCUCUAGCGGCGACAUGCGUGAGAUCGUGCACCUGCAGGCCGGCCAAUGCGGCAACCAAAUCGGCGCCAAGUUUUGGGAGGUGAUCAGUGAUGAGCACGGCAUUGAUCCCACGGGGACCUACCACGGGGACAGUGACCUACAGCUGGAGAGGAUCAACGUCUACUACAAUGAGGCCUCAGGCGGGAAGUAUGUGCCCCGAGCUGUUCUUGUUGACCUGGAGCCGGGCACCAUGGACUCUGUCCGCUCCGGCCCCUUUGGACAGAUCUUCCGUCCGGACAACUUCGUCUUCGGUCAGUCUGGGGCCGGCAAUAAUUGGGCCAAGGGCCACUACACGGAGGGGGCGGAGCUGGUGGAUUCGGUCCUGGACGUGGUCAGGAAAGAGGCAGAGAGCUGCGACUGCCUGCAGGGCUUCCAACUGACCCACUCGCUGGGCGGGGGCACGGGCUCGGGCAUGGGCACGCUGCUGAUCAGCAAGAUCCGCGAAGAGUACCCCGACCGCAUCAUGAACACGUUCAGCGUGGUGCCCUCGCCCAAGGUGUCGGACACGGUGGUGGAGCCGUACAACGCCACCCUGUCCGUGCACCAGCUGGUGGAGAACACGGACGAGACCUACUGCAUCGACAACGAGGCCCUGUACGACAUCUGCUUCCGCACCCUCAAGCUGACCACGCCCACCUAUGGCGAUCUCAACCACCUGGUCUCGGCCACCAUGAGCGGGGUGACCACCUGCCUGCGGUUCCCGGGCCAGCUGAACGCCGACCUGCGCAAGCUGGCCGUCAACAUGGUGCCUUUCCCCCGCCUGCACUUCUUCAUGCCGGGCUUCGCCCCGCUGACUAGCCGCGGGAGCCAGCAGUACCGGGCCCUGACGGUGCCCGAGCUGACCCAGCAGAUGUUCGACGCUAAGAACAUGAUGGCCGCCUGCGACCCCCGCCACGGCCGCUACCUGACCGUGGCCGCCGUCUUCCGUGGACGCAUGUCCAUGAAGGAGGUAGAUGAGCAGAUGCUCAACGUGCAGAACAAGAACAGCAGCUACUUCGUCGAGUGGAUCCCCAACAACGUCAAGACGGCCGUCUGCGACAUCCCGCCCCGUGGGCUCAAGAUGGCUGCCACCUUCAUCGGCAACAGCACGGCCAUCCAGGAGCUGUUCAAGCGCAUCUCGGAGCAGUUCACUGCCAUGUUCCGCCGCAAGGCCUUCCUGCACUGGUACACAGGUGAGGGCAUGGACGAGAUGGAGUUCACCGAAGCCGAGAGCAACAUGAAUGAUCUCGUCUCCGAAUACCAGCAGUACCAGGACGCCACGGCCGAGGAAGGCGAGUUCGAAGAGGAGGCUGAGGAGGAGAUGGCGUGAGCUGGGGAGAGAGAGCUGAGGUGGAGGUGGGGAGCAGGGAGGGAGCAAGGAGAUAGCCCACCCUCUGCCUGUUUGCUUUGACCUCACUUCUGGGGGGAGCAGAGGGAUGGGGCCGGGAUGGGGGGCUUGGGAGUGGGAUCGGGGGGCUGUGCCCCCUCUUCUCCCUGCCCCUUGGGUCAAGCCUGCCCUAUCAGCAGGCGGGAAUCCUGUUCUAUGCUUUUGGUCUCUGGUAACUUAUGCUUUCCUUUCAGGAGAUGGAAGUGCACUAACUACUAACUUAGCUUCUAGGCACUUUUUUUGCGGUGGGAUUGGGUGACGAAGGGACCGGG